AUGCUGGCGGUGCGGCGCAGUGCGGUGUGCGCUUUGGUGGUCCUUGCGCUGCUCUGCGGCGGCUGCUCCCCCGCGUGGGCGGAGGCGGAUGAGCAUGCUGGAAAGACGCAGGAGGUGUUCGUGGAGUUCUCAUGUCCGGACAGUGACAAUAAGUUAAGUUGGCGCCUCCCAAACUCUGGAAAUUGGAAGAAGUGUGCACACGUCUGGAGCACAUAUUCAUCUUUGAGCGGACGCACUGUGGGCGAUGAUUACAUCUGCGCCUGGGGCGGGUUAUUGUACAAAGGUUCCAAAUCCAUACCGAAAUGCCCUGAAUCCGCGGCAGAGACCACUCAUGCGUUUACGUUGAAAUGCAACACGGAUGACAAGAGUGGAGUGUACAAGUGGUGGGAGACGAUGAAGGGAAACCGCGGGGAGUCGUCCCCUCCUCUUUCAAUUCACGACACGUCUGACAGCAUACACACUUGUACGCUUCAAAAGCCCAGUGAAGCUGCUGCUGAAGAGGACGGUCACUCGCCUAAAACAGGGGGCGGUGGGAGGGUUGCGGCCAAUUCUGCGGGCAGGAGUGACGUCGCCAUUGUGUGGAUCCGCGCCCCACUGCUGCCGCUGCUGCUGCUGGUGGUGGCUGCCGUUGCCUGUGCUGCUGGGGAGUGA